CCCGGUGAGGCGCCGCUGCCGCCGGCGACCUCCGCUAGGCCCACUACCAUGCAUCCCAUGAGAUCCUCCAUCAGGUUCACGCAUCCAUAUUGUAUGUGCAGCUCCUGUGCGCCGCUCGCGGCCCUAUCGGCCCCCGAGAUGCUCCCGCGGGUCACGGCAGCACCGGCGCGCCGCCGAAAUCGCUGUUCAGGCGGCGCCUGCCUGCGCGCGGAUGGCAGUGCAGUGGUAUGGCGCCUUCCUGUCGGCAGCUUCUACCAUUAAAGGGCAGACCGGCAUGGCGGCAGCCAAUCUCUGUUCUUCUUCUUCACAGGCUGGUAAAGCUCGGGCUGCUGCUCCGCUCCGCUCCUCAUCUCCGGCGUCACCCUCUUCUUAUACUGAUAAGUGAUUACUGAAGACGAGGCAUGGAUGGAGUUACAAACUCACAACCACGCAUUCGUUCGAUUUGUUGCCCUUCAGGUAUCUGAAUUUUCUCUGAAGCCUCUCUGAUUUGGUGCGAGCGUCAGAUGAUACUCAAGUAAAACUCUGAAUCGAUUUGACGCUCUUUGGCCAAAUCUUCUUGGUGAUCCAGCGUGGUUUGAUGUACAGUGUGCUUGGAUUUGGCUCCGUCCUCAAUUUGCAGCUAUGCCCAUACAAACAUGAAUUGGGCUUGCACGAUAUCGGUGCUCACUUUGCAGCUAUGGUUUACUGAUCCAUGUUUUUUUUUCCUUUUCUUCCUUUCGCAUUGUUCUUCGAGUUCUGAAUAUUCUGAUCUCAGUUAGACGUCAGUGCAUCGAUGGUUUUUUUAAAAUUUUGUAGUGAUAGCACAAAUAUGAAGCUAUGUCAGAUUAAUUUCAGUCUAAGAGCGAAGGUUUCUUAAUUUUCAUGCUCGUUGUUAGGGUCCACUGUUUUUUGAAUUUGUAGUGGUUGGAGAAUUUUGGACUUAUGUCAGCCUAUAUUCAGUGUAUGAGCCGGCCGUUCCAAAUUGUUGUGCUUGUAGUUGUGGUUCAUUUCCAGUCAUAACUGAGGGAAAAUACUAGAACAAAUAAAACCUUUUCUCUUUGAAUCUAAAGGUGUCUAUUUAUGUCAUGAAUCAAGAGUUAAUAAUUGGUGAUUGUCGUUAUCGCUAUUUUCUUUUUGUUAACAAACCUGGUUAGUGGAAUGAGAUCAUAUGCCAAAAACAACUGUUUUGUGGUGUUAACAACUGCUUUUGUGCUGCAGAUAUUGCUGUUUUCCGUGAAAUUGGGUCACAUUGGUACUGCAAUUUAGUCCCUGGGCAAUGCAAGAAUCACACAUGAAAAAUACUGUAUUGUUUUGAUGUUAUCUGCUUAUUUUGCCAACUGUCAAUAUUUUGCCAUCCUGAUGCUGCACCUUUUCAUAUAUAGAUUCGUAUGCUAAUUAUUUAUGAUCAUGAAUGUCUGAAUGAUUUCCAUCAGAUACGCCAUUUGAUUUCAGAAGCACUUCCAAGUGUUUGUUUCCAUUCAUCGCCUUCAAACUUUCGAGUACAAGCUCCUUCAAUUAAUAAAGUAAAUAGUAAUGUCACCAUUUCCCUCUUUGCUAAUAAUCAGUUCUUGCCUCUCCAUGAACCUGAAAGCUCAUAAUUUCCUGAGCGAUUUAGAUAAUUUUGCUACCUUUUAGUUGAUACUGGAGAGGCUCCAUUCAGUUGGGUUGGUGUGGGUCUGCUUGUUAGUUCAUGCCUUGUCAUCAAAGCAACUUCCUUUGUUGCUGUCCACAACUAGGACCGCUAACACAUUCUGGUACUGUUAAGUGACCAUCAUUUAGCAGGUACUACAUUUGGUGCAAAGUUUUCCUCUUUGCAAUUGCUCCAACCACGAGGGUGGUGCUGAAUAUCUUAUUGUUUGGGAGGUCUUUACUUAUUAACUUAGACGAUUUCUUUGUGCAUUCAAGUUUAGGAUCUAUUUCCAAGGUCUAACCUUCUGUCAAAUUACUAUGUAAGUAGCAGGAUAAAGCUCUGCAUCUCUCUCUUGUUUUUUAUUAUAUAAAUGAGAUUAAGAACAUGAUCCAGAUAAGAGAACCAAAGCGAAGACCUCUGAAGCCAGAGACAUCUUCCAUGAUGAUUCCGAGGGCCUUACUGGAGCACGGAUGGGUAGUACUGCAAUCCUAAAUAUGAUCAAGUGGGUUCCUGAAAGGACAUGCGGGUUCAUAAUCAUAAGCCAGAGAACAGAGAUGCUUAACAGAAAUUUUGACAAUGAUGUCAUUGGAUGCCUGUUUGACAGAGACACAGGGCCGCACAAUUCCUUCUGAUGGGUUCACAAACACUGCAGCGGCCUCAUUACCUGAGUGUUGAUUUGGCUUGUCUCUUAGUAUUGCAUGUUCAUGCUCUGAUUCUAGUGUUGUAGCUGCACUAUAUUCUCACAGUUACUGUCGUUUUUCACUUCCACUGCACAACUAGCCAUGGCAUUCGCCCCUGUGUUGUCUGUGCCUGACAUAAGCUUACUCUCUGAAAUAGAAAUUACCCUACUGUCAUCAGCUUAUGCUAUGUCUUGUACUAUUGUAACUACACUAGAAAUUCAGUAAACAUUUCACUUUUUUUUAGAUAAUAGUAAACAUUUCACUUGCUGGAGCUUCGUGCCUGUAUAUGUCAGUUUAUUCUCUGACCGCGAGUUUCCGUUACUGUUACUGCAUCACAGAUCGUCAGUCUGCCACUGACACUGUUUUUGUGCUCUUGGAUAGGGGAACCUGUUCUGUUGUACCUUCCUCGACAUGUUUCAGAGAGAAAUCGGUGGGAGAAGAGAUAAGAGAUGCGAAUCACUUAAGAAUGGAGACGAUCAGGAGGCAGCAGCAGGAGCAGGAGGGGCGGAUUUUGGUCACAUUUCCAACCACCAGCAGGCACUAAAAAACCUCUUCUGGUGCUUGUGUUUGGUGGAUCUGAAUGACCACACCACCAUUCCUCUGAUCUGUUCUCCACUUCCCUCCUCCUCCUCCUCCUCCUCCUCCUCUCCCCCGUGCUGCCAAGGCAGAGGCGGGAGGUCUCCAAUUCCCCAUGGCCACCAAGAUUCUUGACAGGCUCACGGUGGCGGCCUCGCCCCCGGCGCCCGGCGGCGUGCUCCCGCUCACCUUCUUCGACGUGCCCUGGCUCUUCACCGGCCCCGUGGAGCGCGUCUUCUUCUACCCAUACCCGCACACGGCGGAGCACUUCACCGCCCACCUCCUGCCGCACCUCGUAUCCUCCCUCUCCGCAGCGCUGCACCGGUUCUACCCGCUGGUUGGCCGCGUCCGCCCGUGCCCGGACGGGGGCGGCGGGUACGAAUUCUGCUCCGCGGGCGGGGACGCGGGAGAGGGCGUCGAGCUCACCUUCGCCGAGAGCUCCGACGACUUCGACGAGCUCUCCGGCUGCGGCCCGAGGGACGUUGCUCGGCUGUACGCGCUGGUGCCGCAGCUUCCCCGGGCGGAAGACGGGACCUUUGCUCUCGCCGCGGCGCAGGUCACGGUGUUCGCCGGCCGGGGGAUCGCCGUCGGCGUGUCCAUCCACCACGUGGCUUGCGACGAUUCCAGCUACAUGCACUUCGUGAAGACCUGGGCCGGCCAGUGCCGGGUGGCCGCCGGCGAGGAGCACGCCGAAGGCGCGCUGCCGCCGCCGCCGUUCUUGGACCGUGGCGUGGUCGCCGAUCCCGAGGGACUUGCCGCCAGGACGCUCGACGAAAUGCGUCAGCUGGCGGCCAACGGCCCGCCUCCUCCGCCGCCGCCGCCACCGACGGGGCCGCCGCCGAAGCUGGUCAUCGCGUCGUUCGCGCUCACCCGCGACCGCAUCGACAGGCUGAAGCAGCGCGUGGUCGCCGACGGCGGCGAGCGCGUCCACUGCUCGGCGUUCACGGUGGCGUGCGCGUUCGCGUGGGCCUGCCUGGCGCGGGUCGACGGCGGCCGCGCCGACGCGGAGCGGCGCGCGCACCUGCUGUUCUCGGUAGAGUGCCGCCGGCGCCUGGCGCCGCCGAUCCCGCAGGAGUACCUCGGCAACUGCCUCCGGCCGUGCUUCGUGGAGGUGGGCCUGGGCGAGCUGCUGGGCGGCGACGGCGUGGUGGCAGCGGCCUCCGCGAUCGGCGCGUCCGUCAGGGCGCUGGACGACGGCGUGCUUGCCGGCGCCGGCGGGUGGUUCCACAAGAUCCUGUCGCUGGUCCCCGAGCGGCCGAUGUCGGUGGGCGGCUCGCCGCGGUACGGCGUUUACGAGACCGACUUCGGGCUGGGCCGGCCGAUCAAGGUAGAGCUGGUGUCCAUCGACAAGACGCCCGGCACGGUGUCGCUGGCGGAGGGCCGCGACAAGCUGGCCGGGAUCGAGAUCGGCGUGGUGCUGCCGGAGGCCGACAUGGCGCGCUUCAGCUCUUGCUUCGCCGACGGAUUGGAGCAGCUGCUGUGAUGCGAGCACGACAGUACAGUAAAAGAGCUGGUUGGUGGUGCUCGUGAAGUUGUUGUUUAUCUGCAUGCAAAUUGCAAUUGCUGGUGACAUAAAUUGUAGUAAUAUAGAUAAUCGAAUCAAGUGUAUAUUUGAGCAAGAGGUGUAUACAUGUAUAAUGUAUUUUGAUAAUCUCUCACAUGUAUGUGAGACUCUUUGUUAAUUGAUAAAACUGAGCGACAAGAAAAUUCAGGGUUACAGAACUGAAUCAGGUUGGACUGAUGAAAUUCUGAAUCUUUUUCUUGGC